AUGGUGGGAGUUGGCGCUGGGUAGCUGUAUCCAGCUGGGUGGCAGGCAGAUCCAAGGGUCACCAUGAAGUUUACGGGACCCGUGGAGAGCCAGAGGUUGUCUCUCCUUCUGGAGAUGGCAAUCUCUAGGGAAGCUCAAAUGUGGAAAGCACAUGUGCCGAAAAUUCAGCCCGAUCAGGAUGUAGCCAUUUCUCCAAAGCAGAGGGAUGAGGUCAUUCAGUGGCUGGCCAAGCUCAAAUACCAGUUCCACCUUUAUCCAGAAACACUCGCCCUGGCCAUCAGCCUUUUGGACAGGUUUUUAGCUGUGGUAAAGGCCCGUCCAAAAUACUUGAACUGUAUUGCAAUCAGCUGCUUCUUCCUUGCUGCAAAGACCAUUGAGGAAGAUGAGAGGAUUCCAGUACUGAAGGUGUUGGCUCGGGAUAGCUUUUGCGGUUGUUCUCCAGCUGAAAUUCGCAGAAUGGAGAAGAUUAUCCUGGAUAAACUGAACUGGGAUCUUCACAUGGCAACGCCACUGGAUUUCCUUCACAUUUUCCACGCAGUCGCGGUGUCCAACAGGCCUCAGCUCCUGUCCAUCCUACCCAAGCUGAGCCCCUCUCAGCACGUGGCGGCGCUCACCAAGCAGCUGCUGCACUGCAUGGCCUGUUACCAGCUGCUGCAGUUCAAGGGCUCCAUGCUGGCGCUGGCUAUCGUCAGCCUGGAGCUGGAGAAGCUGCUCCCCGACUGGCUGGCUCUCAUCAUCGAGCUGCUCCAGAAGGCACAGAUGGAUAGCGCGCAGCUGAUCCACUGCCGGGAGCUCGCGGCACAUCACCUUUCCACUCUGCAGUCUUCUCUGCUGCCCAAUCCUGUAUAUGUCUACAGUCCCCUCCAGCAUACCCUGGUGACCUGUAACAGAGGAGCGUUCAAAUGCCAGCCCUCCUCUGUCCCAGGGCCAGGUUUCUCCAAGGACAACGGCAGGCCAGAAGUGCCGGUCACAGCUACAGCCGCGCUCUACCAGCGUCUGCCAGCUCCCAGCGGUUGCAAGCAAGCCUCUGCCAAGCGCAAAGUGGAAGAGAUGGAAGUGGAUGACUUCUACGACGGUAUCAAGCGUCUCUACAAUGAAGACACUGCUCCAGAGGUAGUGGCUCUUGAGAACAUGGGCUCUGUUUGCGGCGCUGACGUCUCGAGGCAGGAGGGCAACGUUUCCCCUUGUCCGCCUUUACAGCCAGUGUCUGUCAUGUAGCUGUGAGCACACACCACCUGCUGCACCGCAGCUGCACGCGUGAAAAGCCACGCAGAACCUGGCGUGGGGGGAGAAGGGACCAUACCUUGUCAGGCUGAACUGAAGGGAGCCAACAGAAAUAAUAUCCCAGCCCUUUUUUGAAUUUUUUUUUCUUGUGCGGCUAAUUCUAGUUCCACUAUUUAAGCACUUAAAACACAAAAAAGUAUAAAAAUCUAAAAAAGACCCAAAAAACCAAACAAAAAAAGUAGCGAAAAUUUGUUUCUUUCUAGUGUUGUCAGCUCCACUGUUUUUCUGCUCCUGUGUAUUGUAACCCAUCCUCCAUGUCCAAGAGCUCUCAUCAGUUGUGCGGUUGUUUCAGGUUUCCCAGCCAAUUAACACCUCCAGUCUGAUUUCCGUCUGCUCCUUGCUCUUUCUGCUUGCUCCUCUUUUAAUUCUCAGCAAGUCUCGUGCAUGACGUUCUGUACAUUCAUGACAGGUUUCUUUUUUCUUUCUAAAGAAAAAGGCCUUUCUGUUUUGUUAGCACUUUGGUGUUUCAAUGUGAUAAUAUUUAAAAACUGGAUUUAAAUAAGAGGUUAGUCAGGAAAAACACACAACAAUGCUUGCAAAGUGCUCCACACCGCUGUAGCCACAGGAGUGUGAACACACUCUAGAACACGGGGGCAUCCAGCCACGGUGCUCUGUACCUUGAAGUCAAAACUGUGCUGUCAAACACAAAAAGCAGCUAAUGGAUUUCCUAUCGCUUGAACAAAAGCGGUAUUUCUUCUUGUUUGCACCUGGAAAUGUUGCACUCAGUGUGGAUGUUCACCAGCGCUUGACUCUAGACAUCAAGUGCAAACCUUAAAUUCUGCUGAAUCUGGUUUUUUUCUGUGUGUCUAUAAGCUUAGCAUGUGACCAGCACUGCUUGGUGGAGUGCUGGGCAGCCUGAGGUUUGACAGGUUUGUAAUUACCAGUCACAAAAAAAAAAAC